GGUGAGUGCCGGGGUGAUCCCUCUGUCCCGCGGAGCCGCUGGGUGCCGGGACAGCACUGCCGCCUGACGGACAGAGGGGCCGCCCCCGGGCGUCCCUGGGCCUCGUCGGACUCCUCGCUGCGGGUGUGGGAGCACUCGGUGCCGUUGGGACAUCUCGACAUUUCAGGCAUCUGCCGUGGGAGCCGCUGCAGGAAGGAAACCCCAAACACAGCUGUCUUCGGAGCUGAGGGAUCAGUUUCCUCAUGUGAGCCUGACUGCCAUGCUGGGGCAUUGACACUCUGGGGUGCAGCUGUUUAAAAUGGCAGAGAGAGGUGGGAAUGAAGAAGUGAUUAACUUGAACAGCUUCAGCAAUCACAGAGGAAAAGACUGGAUAAACCACAGAGAUGAAAGUCUUAUCACGAUAUCGGAUUCCUCGGAUGAAGAUUUGCCUUUGUUGCUGGAAAUGCCAGAACAGCAGCAGGCUGAAGAAGAUGAUGAUGAUGAUAUAGUCAUCUUAGCAGAGGCCCCAAAGCAUCAGCAGCCUCUGCGUCCCAAUGUCAUCAGACCUGCUGCUCCGUGGCAGGGUGCAGACACUGUGGGGGAAGGAGGAUCUAAAAGUGCUGUGGAGCCUUUGAGCACAGACCUGCAGGAUGAGCAGGAUUCAGCUCUGCCCGGUGAGGGAGAUGGGAAUAACCUCAUGGUGGAGAGCAAUGCUGGACCGAGCAGGGGUGAGAGUGUGGACAUUGCCCUGCAGCAGCCUGGACCGUCUGAGCUGAAUGGCCCCAGCUCUGAACUUACAGGUAACUUACAGGAGCCUGGCCCAAGUUUGCUGCCACUGAUCAAGAGGAGUCCACAGCCUGCUGAUAACACACAAACCAUUAGCCUGGAGAAUGCAGACCUUCCACCUCAACAGGAGGAGGGGAUGGAAGCUCGGGAAUGGCAAGGAGAGAACUCGAAGCCAGAGCAGAAACUGGAAGGAAUAGCUGCUAAAACCACCACAGAGCAGCAGGAGAUCCGGGAGAGCAGCCAGCUGGAAGUCCGGCGCUUCCCACCGCCGGAAGAUGAGCCACGGGCUGUAGCGAAUGGCUGCGCUCCUCAGCGAGGGCAGCCCGAGGCAGAGCCGGGCUCUCUGAGGGCCUACGGAGAGCAGGCUCCCGGGCCGGCCUUCCCCCGGCCCGAGCCGCAGCAGGACGGCAUUCCGGGCCCCGCCUCCCCUCAGCCCGCGCAUCCCCCCGAGGAGCCGGGGCAGCCGGCACGGAGCGACAACGAGCAGCCGGGGCCUGCCUUCCCCGCACAGGGCUCGCACGAACCCGGCUCGGGGAACGUGCCAGAGCAGGGAGCUGCUGGGCAGGAGCAGGACCUCACUGCGCUGCUCAUCAGAGAGACGGAAGCAAGAUUCCCAGAUGUGAAGAAGGAAUAUAUUGAAGAAUUAAUCAUCAUCAAGAAUUGCUAUGACUUAAAUGUACUUUGUAACUUUCUUCUGGAAAAUCCAGAUUACCCAAAGAAGGAAGGCAGAGUGGUUUUAAACCCCAGCAGCAGCCUGCUUGCCAGCCAAGAUGAGACAAAGGUGCCUAAAGUGGACUACUUUGACUUUUCCAAACUUGCCCCCCUUGACCAGCGGUGCUUUAUUCAGGCAGCUGAUCUCCUCAUGGCAGACUUCAAAAUGCUGAGCAGCCAGGACAUCAAGUGGGCACUGCACGAGCUCAAGGGACACUAUGCAAUCACACGAAAGGCCUUUUCAGAUGCUAUCAAAAAGUGGCAGGAACUGUCUCCCGAAACCAGUGGGAAACGAAAAAGGAGGAAAGAAAUGAAUCAAUAUUCAUAUAUAGACUUCAAAUUUGAGCAAGGGGAUGUGAAAAUUGAGAAGCGCAUGUUCUUCCUGGAGAAUAAGAGACGCCACUGGAGGUCCUAUGACAAGCUCUCCCUUCUCCCACCAGUGCUACUGGAGCAGGAAUUCUAUGAGCAGAAAGUGAAAGAGAUGGCAGAGCAUGCAGACUUCCUCCUGGCUCUGCAGAUGAAUGAGGAGCAGUAUCAGAAGGAUGGGCAGAUGAUCGAGUGCCGCUGCUGCUAUGGGGAGUUUGCCUUUGAAGAGUUGACUCAGUGUGCAGAUGGUCACUUGUUCUGCAAGGAGUGCCUAAUUAAAUAUGCUCAGGAGGCAGUUUUUGGCUCUGGGAAGUCAGAGCUCAGCUGCAUGGAAGGCAGUUGCACGUGUUCCUUCCCCACCAGUGAGCUGGAGAAAGUGCUUCCAGAGAACAUCCUCUGUAAAUACUACGAGCGCAAGGCCGAGGAGGAGGUGGCUGCUGCCUGUGCAGAUGAGCUCGUCAGGUGUCCCUUCUGUAACUUCCCAGCUCUGCUGGACAGCGAUGUGAAGCGGUUCAGCUGCCCCAAUCCCCGCUGCAGAAAGGAAACAUGUCGGAAGUGCCAGGGGCUGUGGAAGGAGCACAUGAACCUCACCUGUGAGCAGCUAGCUGAGAAGGAUGACAUCAAAUACAGGACAUCCAUAGAGGAGAAGAUGACAGCUGCGCGGAUUAGGAAAUGCCACAAGUGUGGGACGGGCCUGAUUAAGUCGGAGGGCUGUAACCGCAUGUCGUGCCGCUGCGGCGCCCAGAUGUGCUACCUGUGCCGGGCUGCCAUCAACGGCUACGACCACUUCUGCCAGCACCCCCGCUCUCCUGGGGCACCCUGCCAGGACUGUGCCAAGUGCUCCCUCUGGACAGACCCCACAGAGGAUGAUGAGAAGAUAAUUCAUGAGAUUCAGAAGGAGGCUGAAGAGGAGCAAAGGAAGAAGAACGGGGAGAACAGCUUCAAGCGCAUCGGCCCUCCCGUGGAGAAACCCGUGGAGAAAAUCCAGAGGAUCGAAGUCAUCCCCAGGCCGGUUCCUCAGAACUUCCACCAGCCCCGGAUGCCCCCGUACCCCUUCGUGCACCCCCCGUUCCCCCUGCCCCCCGUGCGCCCCAUGUACAACAACAUCCCGCUCAACAUCGGCCCCAUCCCCGCCCCCUACGUGCCCCCCCUGCCCAACAUGAGGGUGAACUUUGACUUUCCCCAGAUCAACGUGCAGCUGGAGCACAACCUGCCUAUGCACUUUGGCCCUCAGCCCCGGCACCGCUUCUGACCCGGCGGAGUCACUGCGGGGCAAAGCCACCCCACAACGUCCCCCCCUCCCCAGUCCAGCCCCUCUGGGGUUUAGCCAGCAGCCAGGGGGCUCAGUGUCCCUGCGCUGCACCCCCUCUUAGGGCUUCUCCAAACCUUUGCAAUCCAACAUUUCAACCUGUGCUGCAACAGGGUUUGGUGCUACGUUUCCCAGGGGUGGAAUUUCUCCCUGAGCUGGGCAUCCAGAUGUUUCGUUUUGACAAAGCCUUUGCAGGCAGCUGUUGGGAGGAAAAGUGAGAGUUUGUGGAACACAGGGAUACAGCCGUUCCUUGGGGGAUUUCCAAAAUUCCUGCCUUCCUGCUGGCCAGAGCAGCAAAGGGAGUCUUGGGGGAAGGGAGGAGACUCUUGGCAUCCGAGUAAGCGUAAGACCUUCAGGAGUGAGGUAACAGGAGGCAGCUGCCCCGGCCUCCUGCCUGUGGUGAGGCUCAGGGCUGGGGUUCCUGUGUUCUCCAGCACCCCUGUAUCCUGCUGGCACCUCCCAGCAGAAAUAAAUUGUUCAGAGCAAGUCAUUGUAGCAUUUUUUGUGUUCCUCGCUCUCCAAGCAGAGCGAGGGACCAGCAGCUGCCCCAUUGCUGAGGUCUUGGUAAGAAGCUCAGAUCCGUGUUCUGUUUGGGGCUGUUAGGAAGUGGCAGGAGAUUUGGAGCACCCAAAUCUUUGGCUGGACUGAACCUGCCCCUGUUGAAGGGCUCUGUUUUCCCCCCAAAGGUGUGUGUGUCCCUCAGCUCCUGAAACGUGGCCUUUGCUUUGCUGUUCCCAUCUGGCAUCCCAAACCUCCCCCAGCUGCUGGCAGCAGUGCUCAGGCAGCUGCUGGAACCACCUGGAGCCAGAGCUGUGCCCUUUACUGCAAAAACUGCCUGGGAAACACCCAGACAGAUGUGUAGGCAGUGAUGUGUCCUGUGCAGGAAAAUUGGGAAUGUUCCCUGUAGCUGCAGCGAGUUGGGAGCCCCCAAACCCUCACAACCCACUGGGCAGCUGGGGCCCCAUGCUGCAGGAAGCUGGCUGCUUCCACAGCAGCAGCAAACUCACGAAAACGUGUGUGUCAGCUUCAACUGGCUUUGGAAAAGCGUGUUAAAA